UUCCAAUUAAGACGAGGGAGUACGAGAGAGAGAGAGAGCGCGCUGAAAGAGCACAACAAUGAUGGCGAUUCCACCAGUUUUUCUUUCCGCCGUGCUCUCAUAUCUUGUCGUUAUAUCUGAAUCCACUCCUACCAUUACUCCGAUCGCCACCGAAACAUCACUCGGAAACCAGCGUAAUCACCGUUUGACCUUGGAGUUGGAAGAGGCCAAGCUCAAGAUAGCUCGAUUAGAAUCCAUCUUUGAUGAAACAGUCCAGCACAUAAAUGCUAAAAGCCUUUCUCUUGAAGAAUGUGAGAAGCUAAUUACGGAUAUGACUCAUGAGAUGGAUCGUCUGCAAUCUGACUUGUCCAGCUUAAAGGGUGAGUCGUCACGUGCAAAUGAAAGGCUUAAUCAGCUGGAAGAAGAGGUCCGACUUCUUUGGGCUAAUAUGAGGAAGACCAACUUUGAGCUUCACCAUCUAGAGUCUAAAGCACAAGAUGCUGAGAACAACAUGAAUCUGGUUGCUUCACAAGUUGAGAAGAUGGCUGCCAUCGUGACUGAACAAUGGAUUCAAAUCCGGCAACUUGAACAAGCUCUUCAUAAUGCAGAAGUACAGGCAUUAACGGUUAAAAGAUCACCCACAAGGUGCAAAUUCUUAAAGUUCCUCAGAAACCUAUUUGGCAAUCAUCUUCAGAAGCUAAAGGGGAUUCUGGAUUUGUCCUUAUUUCACAAGGAAUCCCCUUUGCAUCAGUUAGAGAAGAUCUCAUCAGCAGCAAAGAAGUAUCAUCACGAGUUGCAAGGUUUCAUUAAGCAGGAAAUGGAGAAGAAUGAAUUUACAGCUGCUCUUGCUAACAAAGAAGUGGUAUUUUUUGUGGUAAGCUAUUGUUCGUCCUUGUUGGGCUCUUGUUUGAUCAAUUAAGACUGUGUUUGGAUCAUAGAUUUGCAGAGGAAUUAACCAAGGCUUCUGCUCUAAUUACCUUUCCCAUAAUGAGUGCUUGGAUGUUGCUCUGCUCACAAUUCAGCUAGCUGGGAGUUGCCAAACGGUGGUGCUAGCUUAUUCCAACAAAUCCUUGGCCUUUUUGGACUUCUUAUCCCUCUUGCCAUUGGAGAUGUCAAUGGAGGGAAAAAUGAUUUUAACUUGUCCAGAUUGGGUUAGUUUUAAUCUGGUUAGUGACAAAUGCAUAUGGAUCAGCUAGAUGAUUUUGGGUCGAAUUUGCAGAUCAUAGCGCGUUAUGCAGACAUCUAUAGCAUGCGUUUGAUUGUCAUAGUAUGUGGCAAAUAGUACACUUGUAUUUUGACAAUUUACUCAUACGCAUUACAAUUAGACUUCGAUUAUACAGAAGAUAGCUGCUAUUUGUGAAGUCGCUGCUGCUGCUGCUGCUUCUUGUUGGAUCUUUGGUUUGUAUAGAAGUAAAAUUGGAAUGACUUGUACAUAA